AGGGAUUUUUGUGUGCGCCUUCUUCUUUCUUUCCCUCCCUCUGCCCUCACACAGAACAGAACAUGACUGAUGACUCAAAUCAAAAACCCUAAGAAAAACAUCAGACCAUGCCCAAAUGCUCAAUCCCAAUCCCAACCAACUUCUUCAGCGGCUUUGUUCGAAAAAGUCAAUUCUUUUCGAGCAGCCCACUCAAGCUUUCCGUUCGUCUUCGUUUUUCUUCUCCUGUAAUUUCUUCGGAAACAUCCAUGGAAGCCGAGUCCCACACGAGAGUGCCGCCGGAGCCCCCUAUUCCGGACCAGAUGUUCAAGCCGGGUUCCAAAAUGGGUUCUUACCAGUUGGGCGAUUCGACUUUGUAUUCAAUGAUUGAGAAUUAUUCCAAUUUGGGUGAUUUUGAGUCGGUUGAGAAGCUUUUGGGUCGAAUAAGAGUAGAGAAGAGAGUGAUUACAGAGAAGAGUUUUAUCCAUAUAUUUAAAGCUUACGGGAAUGCACAUAUGCCUGAGAAAGCUGUCGACUUGUUUCAUAGGAUGUCGGACGAAUUUCAAUGUAAAAUCACAAUUAGGUCGUUUAAUUCUGUACUGAAUGUGAUUAUAAACGAGGGUCUUUACCAUCGUGCAUUGGAGUUUUACGCUGUAAAUUCAAAGAGCAUGAACAUUUCUCCAAACGCGUUGAGUUUUAAUUUGGUCAUCAAGGCUCUGUGUAAGUUGAGAUUUGUUGAUAGAGCAGUUGAGGUCUUCAGGGACAUGCCUGCCAAAAAUUGCUUGCCUGAUGCAUACACAUAUAGUACAUUGAUGGACGGGUUGUGCAAGGAGGAUAGGAUUGAUGAAGCAAUUUUGCUGUUGGAUGAGAUGCAGAUUGAAGGUUGCUCCCCAAGCCCUGUUACAUUCAAUGUUUUGAUCGAUGGAUUGUGCAAGAAAGGGAACCUGACUCGGGUGACAAAACUGUUGGAUAAUAUGUUUCUUAAGGGUUGUGCUCCGAAUGAGAUAACAUACAAUACUAUUAUUCACGGUCUAUGUCUCAAGGGUAAGUUAGAUAAAGCUGUCAGUCUCUUGGAACAUAUGUUGUCCAGGAAAUGCAUGCCAAACUAUGUCACAUAUGGAACAAUCAUUAAUGGUCUGGUUAAGCAAGGAAGGACAAUGGAUGGGAUUCGGGUGCUGGUAUCCAUGGAAGAAAGAGGGUAUGUUGUGGAUCAUUAUGUUUAUUCUGCUCUUAUUAGUGGAUUGUUUAAGGAGGGAAAACCGGAAGAUGCUAUGAAUUUGUGGAAGAAAAUGGAGGAGAGAGGGUGCCGACCCAAUAUUGUUGUGUACAGUGCUCUUGUGGAUGGCUUGUGCCGGGAAGGGAAACCAAAUGAAGCUAAGGAAAUACUCAAUCAAAUGAUAAAUGAUGGUUGCUUGCCCAAUGCUUACACAUACAGCUCUUUGAUGAAAGGAUUCUUCAAAGCAGGUCUCAGUGAAGAGGCAAUUCAAGUAUGGAAAGAGAUGGAUAAAACCAACUGUUCUCGCAACGAGGUUUGUUACAGUGUUAUGAUAGACGGUCUUUGCCAGCAUGGUAAGCUCAAGGAGGCUAUGAUGAUAUGGUCACUCAUGCUUACUAAUGGGCGCAAGCCUGACACUGUAGCUUAUAGUUCAAUGAUUAAGGGUCUCUGUGAUACUGGUUCUAUGGAUGCAGCUUUAAGACUAUACUAUGAUAUGCUUUGUCAGGAACCUGAGGCACAGCCCGAUGUUGUUACUUACAAUAUACUUGUCAAUGCUUUAUGUAAGCAGAAUAACGUCUCUCGGGCUGUGGAUCUCUUGAACUGUAUGUUGGAUAGAGGGUGUGAUCCUGAUGUUGUAACAUGUAGCGCUUUUCUGAAAACUUUUAGCGAGAAACCAGAUCCUGCCGAAGAAGGAAGGGAUUUUCUUGAUGGGCUUGUUGUACGUCUUUUGAAGCGUCGGAGAACUUCAGGUGCUUGCAGAGUUGUGGAAAUAAUGCUGGGGAAGUAUCUGACACCAAAGACCUCUACUUGGGCAUUGAUUGUUCAGGAGAUUUUCAAACCCAAGAAGAUCCGAGCUGCCAUUGAUAAAUGCUGGAGGAAUCUGUAUUCUUGAACCCAAGAAGAUCCCUGUAAGCAUUAUGGGCAAGUGUAUUGCUUUUGGAGAACUGGUUAUAUUCCAAAUUCUUCUAACUUCUAAAUCGGAUUGGAUGCUGAAACAAGUUUGCUGGCUAGCAAAAAUUUGUUGGGGAAUUUAUUUUCUCCCCAAAGUUUAUGAACAGCUCAGAUAUCUCCACUCCAGUUCACACAACUUUGUGUUAAUGAAGGGCCCCCCUGUUUUUACCUCUUCUUUAUCAAAUGGAAGCCUACUUGACAGGGGGUUAUUUGCUGUUGAUGUUUUAUGGGCGGGUGGGUUGGCCUGCAAUCUGCUCUUCAAAUCCUCCAAGGCUUCUCCUUUAUGGAGUUUUCAAUGGCAAGCAAUGCUCGAAAGACGCGUAAGUUACAGGAUGGAUUAGUUUUGAGUAUGUAGUCCGCAGAAGUUUAUGGCACAAGUGUGUACAUCAUGGCUCAUAAUUUCAUGUAAGAGCUGGAACCAUCUCAAAUUAAAUUUGCCGCUCAGUGUGAUAUAAGUCUUCCGUGCCCAUGGAGGUUCGAGCUCUCAACACGUGUAUGAACACUUCUCAAGUGUGGGUUUCGUGACUAGCUGGUUAGCUGGUGAAAUCGGAUUACGAAUAUAAGGUCUCAGAACAAGCCAUAAUGUUCCACCUUAACACUUUGAAGUCUUGAAGCCUUUCGACAUGUAAUGUCAGGUUGACUUUUGCAGUUGGAUGUGUAAACGUAAACUCCAUAACUUCUCACAGAUAAUAUAGCUUCUGAAUUUUGUAGAAAAAGUAUUUUCAUUUCUUCUA